UUAGUGUGGCUGCCCUGAAAGCCCAAAGCGCGAACGCAAUUCGUGGUAAUAUGUAGGGGGUAUUCCGGUGCCCCCGCGAGUAUAUUUAAGCGACCGCACCGCGGCCACACCACUUCACGAACUCGAUUCGCCCAGCGCACGCGGCUCUUGGACUCCAGUGGACUGCUCGAGAGGAAUCUGUAUCCAGAUAAAGGCAUCUGCAAGAGGAGAUCAUCCCAGAACCGGCGGUGUUUAUCUCUUAUACGGCUUGUUUUUGUCAGCUCCCCGUUGUUUGUUGACUGUUUGUUUGGGUUGAACGCACGCCGAAAAUGGAGGGUAAGCCAAAGGUGAACGGCUUUGUGGAAUCGACGUCGUCGUCAUCGGCGCCGGCAUCCCAGACGAAGAAUGCCGCCGGUUACGAUGCCGAGCUACAGGAUGGUCUGAGUUGUAAGGAACUGUUCCAGAACGGUGAGGGACUCACCUACAACGACUUUCUCAUAUUACCCGGCUACAUAGACUUCACCGCCGAGGAGGUCGAUCUCAGUUCGCCGCUGACCAAGUCGCUGACACUGCGGGCGCCGUUGGUUAGUUCCCCCAUGGACACGGUAACCGAAUCAGAGAUGGCCAUCGCCAUGGCGCUGUGUGGUGGCAUUGGCAUCAUCCAUCACAACUGCACGCCGGAAUACCAGGCGUUGGAGGUGCACAAGGUUAAGAAGUACAAGCACGGCUUCAUGCGCGACCCCUCGGUGAUGUCGCCCACGAAUACGGUGGGUGAUGUGUUGGAGGCGCGACGAAAGAACGGAUUCACUGGCUAUCCGGUCACCGAGAACGGCAAACUGGGCGGCAAGCUGCUGGGCAUGGUCACGUCCCGAGACAUCGACUUCCGCGAGAACCAGCCGGAGGUCCUGCUGGCCGACAUCAUGACCACGGAACUGGUCACCGCUCCCAAUGGCAUCAAUCUGCCCACAGCUAACGCUAUUCUCGAGAAGAGCAAAAAGGGCAAACUGCCGAUUAUAAAUCAGGCCGGCGAACUGGUGGCCAUGAUUGCCCGCACGGAUCUGAAGAAGGCCCGCUCCUACCCGAAUGCUUCCAAGGACUCCAAUAAACAGCUCCUCGUCGGCGCUGCCAUCGGAACGAGGUCAGAGGACAAGGCGCGUCUGGCUCUGCUGGUGGCCAAUGGCGUGGACGUCAUCAUCCUCGAUUCAUCGCAGGGCAACUCCGUCUACCAGGUGGAGAUGAUCAAGUAUAUUAAGGAGACCUAUCCCGAGCUACAGGUCAUAGGUGGCAAUGUGGUAACACGUGCCCAGGCCAAAAACCUAAUUGAAGCAGGCGUCGAUGGACUGCGUGUCGGCAUGGGCUCCGGUUCCAUCUGCAUCACCCAGGAGGUGAUGGCCUGCGGAUGUCCUCAGGCCACGGCUGUCCACCAGGUGUCCACGUACGCUCGCCAAUUCGGAGUGCCGGUGAUCGCGGACGGAGGCAUCCAGUCCAUUGGACACAUUGUGAAGGCGAUUGCCUUGGGAGCCAGCGCUGUAAUGAUGGGCUCCCUGCUGGCAGGCACAUCGGAGGCACCGGGCGAGUACUUCUUUUCCGACGGAGUGCGCCUAAAGAAAUACCGCGGCAUGGGCUCCCUGGAGGCCAUGGAGCGCGGUGAUGCCAAAGGCGCUGCCAUGUCGCGCUACUACCACAACGAGAUGGACAAAAUGAAGGUGGCACAGGGCGUCAGUGGCAGCAUCGUGGACAAGGGCAGUGUGCUGCGCUACAUGCCCUAUUUGGAGUGCGGACUGCAGCACAGUUGUCAGGACAUCGGUGCCAACUCCAUUAACAAAUUGAGGGAUAUGAUCUACAACGGCCAACUGCGCUUCAUGAAGCGCACCCAUUCCGCUCAGCUAGAAGGCAAUGUCCACGGCCUCUUCAGCUACGAGAAGCGCCUCUUCUAACAUACGACGAUGGCUGCGACGGAAAUGGGCAGUGGAGGAGUGGCUGCCCCUGUCCAACAGCAGCAGCAACACCAUCAGCAGCAACAGCAUCGCCACCGAUCUGGAGCAGGCCAUCUGCUCGACUACACCCGCCUAUUCGAUCGCAAGUGAAAGUGAAAGAGAAUCGCUCGAAUAGCGCGUCCUUUUCCCCUGGAGUUUUACCAGUGUUAGGUUAAGUCUCGUAGGAAUCGCCGACGUUAAAGCUUACGAUUCCAAUAUAGAUUCCCAUUUUUGGUGGCCUUGCAGGUUACCUCGAAUCCCCCAAAUACAUGUGUAUACCCUAUCCAUCUGUCUGGUAGACAGAAUCUUAAUUAUAAGUGUUUGCAGGUUAUUCAAUCUGUAUAGAAUCUAUGUAAUCUUCAUAUAUGUAUAUGCUAUAUAUAUCUUUAUCUACAUCAAGUGCAACGCGUUGGUUGGCCGCUUACUUAUUUGGCACGCUAUAUGUACAUAGAUGUUAAUCUCUAUUUGUAUAGUGUUGGAUGUUUACUAUUAUAACGAAGCUUGCUUCAAGUUUAAAAACUCUGCCAAACUUAUUAAAUGUGAACUGAAAGUAACUGAAAAGUA